AUGGUGUCCAACGAGUCUCUGGAAAACGAGAUGAGGAAGCAAAGUCAGAGAACUUGGGAGAAAGUUCUCAAACAACCCCGAAGGGCAACGCGAACGGAUGUACGCAGAAAGGCAGGAGAAACACCAAGCAACCCUCUAGUGUUAAUAUCUGAAGAAAAGGAGCAAGAAAAGGAGUCGCCACAAAUUCAAGCUAUAGCAGAAUCACCACCGCGUGAACCUGGCUUCAUAUAUGAAGAAGAUGGGGAUAAGAACCCGUUGGCAGAACAAGACAAGGUGGAAGGGUCUGAGCCUUCAUUCAUGAAACUCUCACCAGUUGUUCAACUGGAUAUGUAUGCUGAGAUUCUGAAUAUGAGCAAUUCAGAAUAUCUCCACUAUUUAAAACAACUGACUUUUGGACUGGUUCUACGUCCUCCCGGUUUUAGUUUUGAUGGGCUCUAUCAACCUCCUCCUCUACCAGAGCCUCUCCCAAAGUUUCCACCAAGUAUGCCAGUUCUUGCACCAAUGCCACAAGAGGUCCCUCCUCCUCCACCGCCUCCUCAGCAGAUGCCACUCAACCCGUUCAUCCGUCCUCCAGUGGACUUUACGAGGUUUUUCAAUCAAACCUAUUCUUCAUCAAGUUCAAACGGGUCAAUGUUUGAGGAAAGCGAGUCCAGUGAUGACUCUGGACAGGGAUAUGCACCUUCACCGCCAGGAGGCUAUGGGAUUGGUGAUGACUCAGAUGAUUGCAUGAGCACUGGUUUCUCUGCUUGCUGA